AUGGGGCCUAAAAAAUCACCCACCAAACCCACGACGGGGAGACGUUCGUGGUAUAAACCGGAAUUUGUUUCAUCCCCGGUUCACAGCCCAGUAAAGAUUGGAGCACGACCUAGUCUGCACGCACAACACGCUGCAACGCCAAACACUCAGAGGCAACAGCCAGGUGGAACGGCAUCCCCAACUCCUUCCCAUCCACUCCGUAAUAACUUCAACACCCGACCGGCUCCCGCCCGACCGACUCCCCCGGUUCAGCAGUCUAUCGGCCCACCUUCUCUUGGUUUGAGGCGGCUGCAAGAAGCUGCAGCAAAAGCCAAGGCUGAACUGCUUGCUGAGCAAGCUGUUGCCAGCCAACGCAUCACAUCUGUGCUAGAUCCGAAUUUGUUGCACAGCAAUCCACAACCUCGGACUGUUACGCCAACACCUCAGAUUGUCAAGCCAACACCUCAGAUUGUCAAGCCAACACCCCAAACCGUCAAGCCAGCACCCCAGAGUGUCAAGCCAACACUCCAGACUCUUAAGCCAGCACUCCCAAUUACUACUACUCGACCACCACCUGCCGUCAAGCCACCAUCCCCUCCUAGGCCACCAUCACCGACCACCUCUUGGCCCCACCCGACUGUAGACCCGGUGCCGGUUCCCCCUACCACUGUCAGCAUCCCAGGUGGUUCUAGUACUCAGGGUCCGCGGACAAAGCCUCCGAUCAAGCCAAUCCUCAAGAACCGUCCUACUAGUAAUCAACCAACUGCCCGCCACGCGAUCCAGCAGCUGCAGUUAUCGGCUUGGUGA